ACGGCACGGCACGGCACGGCACGGCACGGCACGGCACGGCACGGCACGGCGGCCUCCGCGGUUGUAGCGGCUCCCGACACUCACGCGUGAUACGAUCCCGGCUGCUCCUCAGGUUUGGAGACGUUGCAAACACGGAAAAUCCGCUGGGCCGCGCUCAGAGCAUCCCUGCAAGCGGAAAGGUUGCCUGUAUGUUUGCAUCUGCCUUAUGGCAGCCGCGGGCGUCGACACCCGAGUAUCUCUCUUGCCUUGAUGUAUUGGGAAUGUUUCAUAUUCCCACGUUCUUUUACAAAGUAGACUGUGAGGAAAUACGGUUUCACUGCCACAGCCGGGACAUUGUUUGUUAAUUUGUUUGUUUAUAAAUGUAACUUUAAAAAGAGAGUAGGAAAUGUUGACACUUAAGAGCAGCACUUGCUAGGGGGCAGAAAAAUAAUGCACCCAGGUAACUAAACUCAAUUAUCAAUCAAAACGUGUUUUUAAUCUGUAGUUAGUAUGUUUAUAUAUCUGUUUCUGCUUGGCCGUGUCCCUAAUGAUACAAGUCAUUCUCAUUCUUUUCUUAUUUGUUCUUGUGCUCCGUCAAUGAAAUGGGGCUUUGCUUUUUACAAAAUUCAUCCAAGUCCUCUAAAAGGAGUAAAAUUAAAUACAAAAACUCUUUUCUUUACUGCUGCGAGAUAACAAUGUUUUAAGCUAUUAGUUUUCAACAGACUUGAAUUUUGGGAGCUUAGCUGAUUUCUGCCAGUCUAGUAAUACAGCUUUCUUGAAGACAGUGUGUGUGAGAGCAGGAAGUUCAGCAGACUUUACCUUGCAUGACAGAAAUUCUCAGAGUUAGCAACAACAAUGGAAAAUGUGUGUGUGGGAUCCCAUGCAGAUUUUUGAAUUCUAGUGCGAAACAGCUAUAAAGAAAGGCAAUUCCUUAAUAUUUACAAGUGUGCUACUGUGCAAUGCCUAUGCUGUAAGAAUGAAUAUGCACCAGGCAGUAUAAGGAACCAUGUAUGCAAAAAUUAUAUUUACUAAAAAAUAAUUACAUAUGUGCCUAAAGUUUCAGAUCAAAAUCAGAGGAAUGUUCUACAUGUAGUAAAUAGAUACAUUUAAAACCACACUUCUUUGUGCUUGUUGAGUUAGAAAUAUUUGGUGCUUGGUAAGUGGAAGAGGGCAUUGAAACAUGUAUGUGUAUACAACUUCUGGAGAAGAAGUUUUUGUUUGACUGAUUUGUGUUGCCUAUGCAAUAUGAAUGCAGGAACAGGAAAAUGAGAGGAUCCAUUGUAAGCCUUCUCUUUAUCAACAGUGUUUAUUAAAACUUGCAAUAUUGUUGCUUUGUUUGACUCUGUUUUAUUAAAAUAGGAAAUCAGGCAACUUUCAGACUUAAGUCUACUAACCUGGGAAUUAAUAGAUGCAAAAAUAAUUUAUUAUUGAUUAUAUAGUUAUUAAUAGAGCUUCAUUUAUAUCAGGUACUUUUCAAGAAUGUAAUGCUACUUACGUGUUCCUUAAGAAAUCUCAACUUUUCAUUUCAGGAAAUACAUUCUUUUGUAUUAUAUAACAUGGAAAACUAUUUUUCUUAGUUGCAGACAAUGUGAAUGAGCUGAACAGAGCUGUGGUAACAGAUUUCUUCUUGGCUGUGUGAAUACUGAGUGGGAAGCCCAGUGGUGGAGUCUGGCAUGGAGGAGAUCCCAGUUAAAGUUGCAGUCCGAGUCAGACCUCUGCUUUCCAAAGAAAUACUUCAUAACCACCAAGUGUGUGUCAGAUUAGUCCCAAAUGCUAAACAAGUUAUCAUCGGAAAGGACCAUGUCUUCACUUUUGAUUUUGUAUUUGGCAAAAACUCAACCCAAGAAGAAGUUUAUGCUGUUUGUAUUAAGCCCCUUCUAGUGUCUCUGACUGAAGGAUACAAUGCUACAGUGUUUGCGUAUGGACAGACUGGUUCUGGGAAGACUUACACCAUCGGUGGUGACCACGUUGCAUCAGUUGCAGUGGAUGAAAGGGGCAUAAUCCCACGGGCUAUUCAGGAAUUAUUUAAUCAUAUUUCUGAACAUCGUAAUAUUAACUUCCGUGUGAAGGUAUCCUAUAUAGAGGUUUACAAGGAAGAACUUCGAGAUUUGUUGGAUUUGGAGACCUCUGUGAAAGAUCUACAUAUUCGAGAAGAUGAGAAGGGAAAUACAGUGAUUGUCGGUGCUAAGGAAUUCCAAGUAGAAUGUGCAGAUGAAGUGAUAAGCCUGCUGGAAAGUGGCAAUGCAGCUCGUCACACAGGCACAACACAGAUGAAUGAGCACUCUAGUCGAUCUCAUGCCAUUUUUACCAUCAGUAUUCAUCAGAAGCAGUCUGCAGAGUAUCAGAAUGCUGCACAGGAUUCGAUCGCUUCAAAGUUUCAUUUUGUGGAUUUGGCAGGAUCAGAGAGGGUGGCAAAGACUGGAAAUACUGGUGAACGCUUCAAAGAAUCAGUUCAGAUCAACAGCGGUCUCUUGGCCUUGGGAAAUGUCAUCAGUGCCCUUGGAGACCCAAAAAGGAAAAGUGUACAUAUUCCAUACAGGGAUGCUAAAAUCACUCGUAUUCUGAAAGACUCCCUUGGAGGAAAUGCCAAGACUGUUAUGAUAACAUGUAUAAGUCCAUCCUCACUGGACUUUGAUGAAUCUUUAAAUUCCCUCAAAUAUGCCAACAGAGCAAAAAACAUUAGAAAUAAGCCAGUAGUAAAUUACAACCCAGAAAAAGACCGAAUUGAUGAAAUGGAACUUGAAAUCAGAUUGCUUCGGGAAGCUUUGCAGAGCCAGCAGGCCAGUAAUCAGCAUUUACAUGAUAUAAAUGAAGAAAAAGCCCGUAUCAGUUCACUUGAGGAGCAGCUCACUCGCCUUCAGGUUCAAUAUUUCAGUUACAGAAAUUGUGUAGAUGAAGCCUUACCUUUUCUGAUUGAUUUGAAUGAUGAUGUUAGCUUAAGAAGAAGUCAGCGGGAGAGGUUGCAGAGCUGGAUCACUAUGGUACAGAAAGUAAGGAAGGAGGCUCUCACCAUCCAGGAGACUGACACAGGGACUGAGACCAGCCCAGUACCACAUCACAUUACAAUUCUUCAGCUGAAGAGGGAACUGAAGAAAUGCCAGCAGGUACUAGUUAUGGAUGAAGAACUAUUUAGCCAGAAGAAUCAUGAAAUACAGGUACUGCAGAAUCAGAUAAAGACAUUACUACAAGAAAAGAGAGAACAACAGGAAUUUUUAAAGGAGGCUCAAGAAACACAAAGAUUACAGAUUGAGAAAAUGGUGGAACAGCAUAUAGUCAUUGAUCAGCUAAAAUUGAAAUUAGAGAAGUUUACAGAUGUGAAAGCUUUAGAUUUCCCAAGUGCUUAUGAAGAUGGGCCAGCUGUCAUGGCAUUUGCUAGGAGGCGCUAUGGUGUCCCAGUCACAAAAAACCUGCUGCACCCUGUUCACCUGCCUUCAGAGACAGAGAUCCAAAAGGGGUAUACCAGCCCCCCCAUCUUGUCUCUGGCCCAGAUAAUGGCAGAAUUCCACAUUCGCAGGCAGAUUAUACUGAGCAAGUUAGAAGAUCAAGAUAAAGUCCUUCACUGCCACCUCUCUGAUCAGAGUGAUGAAGAGGAAGACAAUACAGGCAGAGAAGAGGAAACCUCAUAUAAAUGUUCCAUAAAGCGAACAUGGACAAAAAAUCAUACUUCUCUGUGCUUACUUCCUGAUGUAAGCGACAUGAAAUGUCGAGUAGACAAGUCUGGAUUGUCCAAUAAAUCUGCGCUACAAACUGACGCAACUACAGGUGAAGAGAUUGACAGCCUCCAGAAAAUCCAUGUUUUUAACAUGCAGAAGUUAAAGAAUUCAGAGUUGAGACUUGCUAAGGCUGAGCAAAAAAUAAGAGAACUUGCACUUAAUAUCAAAAGGAAAGAGGAACUUAUUAAAGAGUUAGUAAGAACAGGUAAGGAUGCUCAGUCUGUAAGCAGGCAGUAUUCUUUGAAGAUAAGUAAACUGGAGCAAGAAAUUGACCAGGCCAAAAGAGAACUGGCUGAAACACAAAAGCAGCUUCAGGAGCUGGACAGUAAAGAGCUGAGAGAUAUUCCUGACAAAGUCAUGUUACAGAAAGAAUGCCAGAAGAAGAUGGAGGCAGCUAAGUUGAAAGUGCAGACCUUACAGAAGAAGCAGCAAGACACCAAGAAUUUGGCUUCAUUAUCUAACCAAAGUGAGAGAGAAGCAAGAGAACUUGAGCAGAAAGUAGCUCAGAUGAAGCAUCAGCAAUCCCAGAUACAGAAGAGACUAUGUGAGGAGAGUGAAAAGAAGAAGCAACUGGAAGCAGAGCUUCAGCAGGACCAGCAACGAAUGAAAGAACUUCAACUUAAGAUGGAGCAACAACAGAAGAUCCUUAAAAUUAAGGAUAAAGAAAUUGCUGCUUUUAAAAGGAAGAAAAAUAACUCAGUGGGAGCUCCACAGAAACUACAGAAAUUAGAAGAGCAGAAGAAAUGGCUGGAUGAAGAAAUGGAAAGAAUUCUUCAACAGCACCAACAGUUAGCAGAACUAGAAGAAGAUUUAAAGAAAAGAGAAGCCAUUGUAGCAAAAAAAGAAGCAUUAUUGCAAGAGAAAAGCUACCUGGAAAUCAAGAAACUGAGAUCUAGUCAGGCUUUGAACAAAGAUAGUAUGAAAUUAUCUACCCGGUUAAGUAUGCUGGAUCAGGAGCUGUGUGAUAAAAGUAUGCAGCUUCAGGGCAGCCCUGCUGACAAGUCAGACAUUUUGGAAAAAAUUCAGGCUCUCCAAAUGGAAAGGGAUCAGCUGCUCAGAAGGAGAAAUAGUAUGGAUGAGAGACUGAAAGAUGGUAAAAUGUUGUCAACUGAAGAAGAACAUAUUCUUUUCCAGCUAGAAGAAGGAAUUGAAGCCCUUGUAGCUGCAAUUGAUUACAAGAAUGAAAGUAUUCAUAAUCGCCAGCACUUACUUUGGUCAUCUUCUCAGAAUCUUUCACAGAGCAAGCAUAAUGUAAUAGGGAAACUAGUUUCCCUGUCUGCUGCUGAUCUCAGAGCUAUCAUCAUCAGUUAUUUCAACAAGAUUGUUGGCCUGCGUGAGUCUGAACGAAAAUUACAAGUGCAGAUUGAAGAACAGGAAAUGAAGUCCAUACACCAGAACAACAUGAUGCGUGAAUUAGAAUCUGCACUUGAACACAUCAAGUUGCAGUGUGACAGGCAGCUGACUCACCAGCGCCAAGAACAUGAGAAAAAAAUACAGUUCAUAUUGAAUAAUUUCAAAGAACAAAAUCGUGAAGGUAUUGCAGAAACCCUGAAAGAGUAUGAAGUAAAAAUUCAGCAACUGGAAAAAGAUUUAUUUUUCUAUAAGAAAACCAGCAGAGAGCUGAAGAAGAAAUUGAAGGGCCUUCUUGGAGAGUCAUCUGAAUAAUUAUUGUCAUCCAGUAAAUGUAAGCAUAUUAUCUGAUAAUGUUUUUGCAAUUGUCAGUAGACCAUUUGAAGAAUGGUGAACACACAGAACUAUGUCAGAUAGCUGUAAAACAUCAUAUUUUUACUGUAUUAACUGUUCUUCAGGUAUAUAUUCUACCUCUACUCGCAUUUCAAGUGAGAGACAUUUGUUUAUAGCUGUAGCUGUAGCAGAGGUGUGCCAAUGGUUUAAAUUCUUGUUCUGUUUUCUCUGGAUUUUAACAAUUUCAGCAUCUACAGUCUCACACUGUUAAGGUUAAGGCAAAGGAAUUUUGCUCUCUGAAAGCAUCUGAAAUCUAUUGUUGCUAACAGCUUUGUUAUAUGCCAUGCAUUUGAUUUCUUGAAAGUUUCUGGGAGAUUGUGAAUGAAAUGUGCCACACUUCCAGUUGCUAACUUAUUUUAGCUACUUACUAAAGCUGAAAGAGCAUUACACACUUGAAGGGCAAAAAGAAGUGGUCUCUAUUGUGACUCUGUGCUUUGACAUAAAAAACCCCAACCAACUGAAUAAACCAAACACAACAACCAACUGUUAGUGUAAGUUUUUUAUUGUUUCAUGUCCUUCUUGCCAGAAUCCAGAUGUACAACAGAGCUAUUCCUGUGGAGGAGAAAAGAGGGUUCAGUUUCAUCACUGUUUCUGUUGUCUCAUACCUCUCAAUGCCAGCACAAUACCUCACACACUCAAUAUAGCAUUCUUGGCCUGUUGGUGAUUCUUUUUAAGGCUCAGCAAGACUGGUUCUUCCUCCCAAUGGAUGCUUCUGUUUCUUUCCACUCAGUGCCAUGCCUUCCUACAGAGAGAUGCUGAUCACACACCUCUGCUCCCAGAGUGAAUUAGGGCUCAGCCCUUUCCUUCUAGGCAAGAUAAUGAGACUGCAUAUUCAUUACUAUAAAGCACACUAUCAAACUGUGAACCUGAAGAUUCUAGAGACUGGAUAAUAAAUGAGCAUGGGAAAGACUAUUCUGUGUCUAGUAUACACAGAAGCAUGUAGUUUAGGAUAUGUAUCUAUGUGGGCAAAACACUUAUCCUUGGCAAAUUGUAGUGGUGGGAAGAAGGGAGAAGACCCCUGUAAAUUUCCAGCUUUUUCCAAUGCAUAUAUUGGCAAGUUUUAUAAGACAUACUCUGCAUUUAGUUAUUUUUCUUUUUAGUACAUUAUGAAACAUGUUGUUAUAUAAUGCAAUAAAACCAUUAUUUGUUACUGGGCUUUAGAGAUGAUAAAAUCCCUGUUUGUAUAUUCCAGUCAAAUUUGUUGAAUGUUUUUUUGUGUUGUACUAGUAUAGUUGCUAUUUUUCAAUAUAUUAAUAAUUUCAUAUUUGUCAUGGUUCAGUUGUUUUUAAACUGCUUACUAGGAUACAUGACAAGUUAGAAUGGUGAGCCUUGUAUUAACAGCACCUUCUCAGAUGAGAGUAAUGGCAAGUACCUCCUAUGUUUUUAUGGAUGGUGAACUUUUUUAAUAAAAAGGGCAAAAGGUAAGGUGCUGAUAACUUUUUACCAUGUUCACACUGCAAGUUGAUGAUGCUGUAAAACCAUGUUGCCUACCUAUGUCAGGCACUCAGAGAAGUUGUAACUUUUAGUUGUUUAUCUGCUGAUUAUUUAAUUUUAGAUAACAGUGUUGGUGUUGUUGUCCAGUCAAGAGGAAGCAGAGGUUACUUCUGAUGAAUUCAAGUGAAAAGAGCUGUUAACAAAGUUCAUGUCUUUACUAACUACAAGUACUUUUUGAAGUAUCAGAAAAUUCCCACUCUGUCAGUCUGCUCAGUGUACUUUAAGCAAUAAAUAUAAAUAGUAAUAAAAUAAUUUAAAGUAA